AUGUCUAUGACAGUACCGCGAAACACCUCCUUCCAGGUUCGCUCGUUGGAUGGACUCCAAAAUCUGCGAAUGAUGAAGAGACAAACCGUGAUCAGCCAGUUCUACCAGAUGGACAAGCUGGUUGUGGAAGGCCAGAAGACGGGGAAGGAAACCGGGGAAGAAGGCGGCAUUGUUCGCCAGAAGGAUACUGGGAUUGAUCAGCGGUAUUCGCGGCUUCUCUUCUCUGGAUAUAGAAAUGCAAUCGAAUGCUUCGUCGUGACAGUAUCGUAUUCUCUCUAUCACGUGACCGUCCCGAUCCAUCGCAUCGCGACUCAACUCUCUAUUGACUUCGCCCCCAGUCGACGCCGGCGCAUCGCUCCAAUCUCCCCCAUUUACGUGAAAUCUGCUGUGUAUCUGAUAUUAUUACCACCGAAGGGGCCCGUUACACGUCUACUCGCUCUUUUCCCUAAUUGUGUGGUGGAGGAAGACGGUAAGGCCAGUUGCCUCUCACCAUGCCGCCGACGAUCCUCCCGCUCGGGUCGCCAAUUCGGCGACGGCGCCAACCGUACGAGAACCGGCCAGAUCGAUCACGAUGUCUUCGAAGGACUGCCCGUCCGCCGAUGGACGCGCCAAACCCAGACCGUGUCGCAGAUGCCCAAAAGCGAAGAGUCUGAGUCGAUUAUGCAGGGCCCCGGCGGGAAACAGACCAUCCCUGAACACCCCAUGCCGCGGGACAGCCAUCUGCUGACACCGACGAGCCGGGCGUUGCUGCGCGCCGCCCGCGCCGGUUGCAUCUACAUCCGACCUGCUGUGAAGGACCCCGAAGACGAGGAGAAAGAGACGACCGAUGUGGAGGAGCAACCCGUGAUACAGAGCGCCGAGCGGAGCUUCGUCACCCGCAAGUGGACGACCGUCCCCAAGCACCUUGAGCCGCCUGAGGUCGAAUUUCUGGCUAAACGACGCCCCCGGGUUGCCCUCCUUCCCAUGAGACGCACGCGGUUUAAAAAGGUCGAUCCCGCCACGGGCAAUAUCUCUAUCUACGAGGCUUGGGUUCCCGAGGGCCAUAAGAUCGAGGGCGAAGUCACCGAUGACGCGCAGCUGGCGGCAGAGAGUAGCCAGGCGACCGUCAUUCCGGAGGCACCGGCCCCUGGCACUGUUAUUGAAGGCGUGGGUGUGGUGAAUGGGGAGGGCGUGGUCGUUGCGGAGGCUGGUUCUGCGGCGGUCAUGACACCCCCCAAGAGACGGCCGCCUCCCCCGAAGCGCAAGGCGAAGGGCUUUGGAAAGGGAAGACGGAAGAAGGUCAUGUUCGCGCCUGGAGAAGGGGCGGACGCGUCGUUGGUUCAUGGUGCUGGCCCUGGUGGCACUGAUGGGACGACGGAGGGAUAUGCCAAAGACGGUGAUGCUUCGCAGAUGUCGGCCGACCAACCAGGACAGGAUGAUGAGGAUGACGAUGGCGAGGAAGGAGACGAAAGCGACGAGGGUGAGGAGUCCAUGUUGGAUGCGAAGACUCCGGAGACUCCUGUCCAACCUUCCAGUGUGGAGCCCGCCGCUGAUGGUGUAUCUGAGUCUGCAGCGGAGCAAACACCUGCAUCGAUGGCGGACGCACUGGCGGACCCGAAGCUGUCUGAGACUCCUUCCCAGAUGCCGCCCCCGGUUCCUGAGGAUGCAGGUCAACCGGCUGGUGAAGCAACUGCUACACCGGCUGACACCACCGAGCAGAAAGAUAUUCCCCAGGAUGUGGAGAUGACUGAGUCUAAACCAGACGAGAAGGCUGCAGACGUCACGACCUCUGUCUCAGAUGCUACUCAAUCAGCUGUCGACCAAGCCGCUCCGGCGCCGACUCAAGAAACUCCUCAACCUGAUUCUAGCGCGUUACCUACCGAGAACCAGGAGUCUGCUGCAGUCGAGUCUGCAGAAGACACGACAGCUGUGGAGAAGAUCGAGCCUGCUCCCCAAGCUGAGGUUCAGCUUGAGGAUGCGAUGGAUACCUCGGCAGAUCAGUCACAGGCGCCCCCCGAGAAGGCUCCAGAAAUGGAACCGACGCAGGAAGAAAGCAAGGAUGUCGACAUGCUUGACAUGCUGGAAGCCAGUCUAAACAAGCCAGUAGAAGCAACACAAGAUGAUAAAGCAGAGAAACAAGACGAACCUCAAGCAGAACCUGAAGCUCCUAUGGGAGCACCGGCAGAUGCAGAAGCGGACGAACAGUCCGUGCAGCCCUCUCCAGUCCCUGCAGAGGUCCCUGCGGAAGGUGUCGAGCAACCACAAGACCAACCGACUUCCGAACAAGGCCCCGAUGCAACAGCAGAGCAGAAAGCUGCAGAGUCCUCUACAGAACCGAUUACUGCACCAGCCCCUGCAGAACCUAUCGAACAACCUUCUGAGCAGGUCGAAUCUGCCGCAGAGCCGGCUGGAGAGGCAUCGCCAGAGAAAACUCCGGAUCAACCUGAGAAGCCGCCUGCUGAGCAAGAUACAUCACAGGAAGCUCCGAGUGCGCCCAUCCCACCGACUGAGCCGUCCGAAACAGAGCGGACUGAGCGGCCAGCUCAAUCGAGCGCUGAACUCCCGACUGAGGAUGCGGUCCCUAUCGGUAGCGACCCAGAACCGGCGCAAGCUCCGAAGUCUGCAUCCCCCGCUCCUCAGGAAGACACUCCAGCACAACCUACUGAAGGCAACGGAAACGACAACUCAGCAGAACCACCUGCGCCCAGCACCGAAGCAAUUCCCGAGCAAGAGAAAAGCAAGGACGCAGAACCCAAGACAGCAGACAGUGCAUCGGCCUCAGCAGAACCGGCACCGGCACCGGCACCCUCAGAAACAAACAGUGCUUAG